AUGGGUGCCUCGAACAGAGGAGAACACAAAACACCACCACUGUUUACGCCAAGUGAGUCUACUACUUCAAGUAAACGUUCCGUUUUAAGAAAGAAAUUGCAAGCCGAGAAGUUAGCCCUUGAACUAAAAAUAGCCGAGCAAUCGUUCGCAAAUGAGAUCGAAUGUCUGCGAGCCGAACAACAGCAGCGUGCAAAGCUUUUGGAACUUCAAAAGAAAGCUGAAGAAUCAAGAUUGGAAUAUGAGUUCGAAGAUGCCAUCGCCCAGGAAGAAGGUCAAGCUGAGUUGAAAACCUCUGCCACGGGAAACCCAAGUGUGCAGACGUCGAAGACAGAUCAGUUGUUUGAGAAAAUCCUGCCAGCCUUUGUGAAAAUCGUUAAACCAAAUGUGCAGAAAUUUAAUGGAAAUCCACUAGAGUACUCAAAAUUCAAAGCAGCGUUUAAUGUUGAAGUAGAUAAAAGGGAAGUUUACGAUGCAACAGAGAAGCUUAAAUUUCUGCUAGAUUCUGUAGAUGGAAGUGCAAAAUCAUGUCUAGCGAAAUUCAUGCCAGGUUCAAACAAAUACGAGGAGGCAUGGACUGCGCUUGAGGAGCGUUUUGGCCGUGUAGACACAGUUUUGUCAGCUGGAAAGAAGCGCAUAGAUCAAUUUUCGACCAUAGUGAAAGAAAAUAGUACGCAGAUCAGACAAUAUCAAGAAAUAGUUUCUGGGCUUAUAGGUAUUUUCAAGGAGCACGACUUCCUUCAUGAGCUUAACUCGCAAGUCCCUGAAGCAACUGUUGCUAAACUUCCUGCACGCCUUUGCGGUAGAUGGGCCGAGUUUGUUGAAGGAAAACCAAAGUUGUCAACCUGGGAUUCAUUUGCCAAUUGGCUGGAAAAAGAGGCAAAAAUCAGUGAGUUCAAGCAGCGGUGGAUGCCAGAGAAGAGAGAGUGGAAGCGUUCAGAUACAUCUAAAGUUGAUAAACGUAAAUUAGCUGACAAAUCACAAUCUGAGCUGUUUGUAGGAGCUACAGGAGAAUCUGUACGCACCAGUUAUGGAACAAAAAGGUGCCCAAUUCACCAGUCCACUAAUCACACUUUGUGUAAAUGUGCGGAAGGAGUUUUCUUCCCACCACAUCAAGAGAUGUCGUGUCGCACGAGUCGGAAGAGAGGAAGUCCAGUACUCCUUGCGAGAUGUGAAAACAAUUCCUAG